AAGAUCGAUUGCCUAGCACCUCAAAUUGCAAAACACCGAACAGCGGCGGCGACGCAAAGAAUGGUUAAUUGUUGUGGUUGAUGGCUUGUUUGGAUAGAGAAAGCUGAAGUAUUAAGAACCUAACCGAAAAGGAAUGGAUAGAAUUAGAAUUAGGUUGUGGUCUUGUUCUGAAUUGAAGCCUCCGUUGGAUGUGAAAAUUGACUUCCUGGAAGUCGACAAACGUGAUUGGUGGAUCUUCUUUUUGUUUCUUCCUUUUGAAAUUAGAAAAAUUCGUGCUUGAACUACGGUAACUUGUUGCUGCACGCUGAUUUCGGUUAUUGUUUCAUCUCCGUGUGCACAUAGAUACAAGUGCAUCGUUUCCUCUAAUGAAAGAGUGCAUCUUUGUUUCAUUCCGUGGUCACAAUCUUGUAUGUUUCGAGGACCAAAUUAUCAAGAAGUUGACAUUACAUGAAAAUAUAUGUUUGGUCUGAAUGUCUUUUUCAUCCAUUUUGAUUUGCUUUCAAUUGAACUAUUACAUGGAAAUAUCCAUUUUCAAUGUGACGUGGUGGCCACGGGUUUGAGUCCCGGAAAUAGCCUAUGCGCUUGCGAGAGUCACCAUGAUGUAAAAAUCUUUACGAGGAAACCACCUCCAUUGAAGACAAAGCAGGAUUGGCAGGAGAGGUUGAAGAACAUUAGAAUUGGGAAAAAAGGAGCUGAAGAUUUUGAGAAACCUGGAAAUUCAACAAUGUCAUUUGCAAUUUUUGAUGAAAACUUGUACCUUAUGGGUAUGAGAGAUGCUUCUGAAUCAAUGGGUUCAGAAAUAGGUUCCUCACUGGAAUGUUUGGCCAGCGCUUCUAUUAUUCCUCCAUCAUCUGUGAUGAAGCAACUUGCUAUAGCUCUUGAGGCGGGAAAGAAGUUUAAGUCAAUGAAAGAGCUUCUAGCAUCAUCCAGAGAUUCUUCACCAGUGAGGGAGAGGGCCUUCUCUGCAGUAAAGUCAUUAGUACUACGCGAAAAGGAAGACAAGUUCACAGCAGAGUUUGGUGGUGAUGAGAAAGUUCUUUCGCUGUUAAAUUCGCUUCUUGAUGCAGAAGGACAAUUUUCUGGAAGGAAGAUGGGCUUUGUAUUGGAUACACCAACAAAUAGUGCAUCCUUGCCCAAGGAUAUCCAUGGUUCUCCUCCACAAUGCUUUGUUGUUAAACUUUCUGAAGUCAUUGGAAGCUUCAAAACCCUACGGAAAAUGACAUUAUUUUGGUACAAGGUUGUUGCCGAAUUGAGAAGACUUUGGUCUGAAGGGCAAUACAUUCCUAGCAUCCCUCCAGAUGAGAUUCCAGAUUUAAAAUCUUGCCUUUUCUACCAGCAGUUAGAGGUUAUCAAUUGUUGUAUUUCCAGAAAAAGACGCCGCUCUAUUGCGACCGAGUCAUUAGAGUCUGUAUUAAGGCAAGCUGGUUCAAAUGCUAAAGAAUCAGCUGUUUCUGAAGGUGGUGUUCCUCUUGCCCCAGUUUUAUAUGCUCAAAUUAGCACUGGAGAACUUGUUCUCCGGCUGGGAGCUGAUAAACCUUUUGACAAUUUAACAAUGCUGGAAACUGGGGAACCUGUUUAUACCCCUGUUAUGCAGGAAGGACCUUUGCUUACAGAAGACCUUAUCAAAGAAACAGAGGAGCUUGUGCUACGAACAGGGAGUUUAGGCGCUGGGUGUUCACAACUCCUCUCUGACAUGCAGGCUUUUAAGGCUGCAAAUCCAGGUUGUACUCUGGAAGAUUUUGUAAGGUGGCACUCCCCACCUGAUUGGACAGACAUGGAGCCGAAUAGUAUGUCUGAAAUCGCCUCUAACAACGGUGAUUUAUUAUCUGCAAGAGGUCAACUAAGUCGUCGAAUGCAGAAGGAAGGUAAUUUGUGGCGUGAAUUGUGGGAGACAGCGAAGCCGGUCCCAGCUGUUAAACAAGCACCCCUCUUUGAUGAGGACUUUGCUGUGGAAGGUAUUCUGAACGACUUGGAAGAUAUUCCACCUUCUGAGCUUGUUGAACAAUUAUUCAUUUCUCUUCUGGGUUCCGGAUUUGUAAUUGCUGAGGAAAAGCUCUCCCCAGACAGUAAUUUGUCAAAACUGUUCUGGGAGUGUAAAGAUUACAUUAUUGCCACUUGCCAAGGCAUCACCUGGACUGAGAAAGUUGACGAUAUAUGCCAGGUGUAUGAAACAGUGGAGAUGAUGCUACUCAAGCCAGAGGAGGUUCUAAAGAUCAUAAAGCAGCCUGAAGAAGCCACUACUCCAGCUGGGGAACCAAGACAUCGGUUCAAAAGGCUUAGCCUCAUCUUUGGCAACAGGCAUAAGCACUCGGUGAAUAAAUCAGCAUGGAAAGACCAGAACUCUGAAGAUAACACCACGCGCCAAUCGUUCUCAUCCAUGUUUUCAAAGAAGCCGCCUAGGCCUGACGCCCCAUCACCCGGUGAAAAACCCGUUUGUUCUCUUGAAAAUGAUUGGACAAUCGUAUAAACUUGCUUGAUUUCACUUGUAAAUAUAGCAAAUUAUGGUGAAAAUGCAACCACUCAGGGAAGGACCUUCAUUUCUUUUAGAUUAGAGACAUUUCUGUUCAAAUUUCAACGGCAAUAAGAAAUGAAAAAAAUUCAUUUGAUCUUCACUACAA